AUGCUGAAAGUAGCCUGGGAGAAGAUAUGCGCCGAUCGAUACGCUGACUUCACCUAUAGGAUGAGAAGAAGCGGUAAGAAACAACGGCAUAGUGAGACUGGCGGUGAUGGAGUAGGACCUUCUCGACACACAGGCGGAUCAAUAUCUGCUAUAGAGACAACUCGAUUAUUAGCUAAAGAAUUUGGUCGUGAGCCAACACCGAUUGAGGUGUUUACAUAUACUCACACGAAGGACCACGAUCUUAAUACGUUUGUCGACAGACGUGCGCUGAGCGUCAAUGAGAACUAUACUACAGCUCGGGAGCGUAUUGUUACUUCUCAGACCGAUGAAUCCGAAGCUAAGUCAAGAAUUGACGAGGUAGCGCUUUAUCUCCAGGUUGUAGGGGGCAAGAAGAAGAGAAGGUAUAAGGCAUCGGGUCUCAGGCAUCACAGUUUUACUGCGGCUCAGCAGCUCACGCUUCUACAGCCAGCGCAGCACCACAGCCUGAGCACAUUGACUCGCACUAUGAUGAUGAUAUACAGGCUCAGCUUGGUGAUCAGCAGAGACAGAUUGCAGAGCUUAGAGCGCAUGUGAUGUGGCUGUCCGGUGAGCCCCGUGCUGGUACUUCUUCCUUUGAUCCUGCGCCUGCUACAGACCGACAUGUUUCGACGUCUCAGCAGCA